CGGAGGAGCGUGGCGUGACCCGGCCGGGCCCCGCGCAGGCGCAGUGCCGCCCCGUCCUCCAGGAGCCGGGAGAGGAGGCCGACUGCGAACAGGCAGGAUGGCCGGGAGCGCCACGCCGGAGAAGAGCACGCUGCUCCACCUCUUCGCCGGAGGGUGUGGCGGGACGGUCGGCGCCAUCUUCACCUGUCCGUUGGAAGUCAUCAAAACACGUCUCCAGUCGUCCAAGUUGGCCUUCAGGGCCGUCUAUUAUCCUCAGGUGCAGCUGGGGACCAUCAGCGGCGAAGGAGUCGUCCGGCCCACGUCGGUGUCCCCGGGACUCAUCCGGGUUCUGAAGUCCAUUUUGGAAAAAGAGGGUCCGAGGUCACUUUUCCGGGGCCUGGGGCCGAACCUGGUCGGUGUUGCUCCCUCAAGGGCGGUCUACUUUGCCUGUUAUUCCAAAGCCAAGGAGAAGUUCAACAGCGUCUUCGUGCCCAACAGCAACGUCGUCCACAUCUGCUCCGCGGGAUCGGCAGCUUUCAUCACAAAUUCGCUGAUGAACCCUAUCUGGAUGGUAAAAACGAGAAUGCAGCUGGAAAGGAGGGUCAGAGGAUCGAAGCAGAUGAACACCCUGCAGUGCGCCAGGUACGUCUACCGGACGGAGGGCAUCCGGGGCUUCUACCGUGGCCUCACCGCCUCCUACGCCGGCAUCUCUGAGACCAUCAUCUGCUUCGCCAUCUACGAGCGGCUCAAGAAGUAUGUCUCCGACGUCCCGCUGGGUCCGUCUCUUCCCAACGGCCCCGAAAGGACCUCCACCAACUUCUUCGGGCUCAUGGUGGCCGCGGCUGUCUCCAAGGGCUGCGCCUCAUGCAUCGCCUACCCACACGAGGUGAUCCGGACCCGUCUCCGGGAGGAAGGGACGAAAUACAAGGCGUUUGUCCAGACGGCGCGGCUGGUCUUCCAGGAGGAGGGCUACCUGGCCUUCUACCGAGGACUCUUUGCCCAGCUCAUGCGGCAGAUCCCCAACACGGCCAUCGUCCUCUCCACCUACGAGUUGAUAGUCUACCUGCUGGAAGACCGGGCCAAAUAGCAGGCCGAGGCUGUUCGGGGUUCCCAUCCGACGCAAAUGCAGAUACGCAAAAACUCUUGAAACUCUUCAGGCCAGUUUCUCCACAACGAGCUGCUUCAAAGUGAAUAAUAGGGGAGAACGAAGGCAAAGCGCCCUUUGUUUUGGGGCGCUUUUCUCUCCCGACCCUCACACGACCCCCUUUCCUUUUAUUCUCAUUUGAGUUCCCCAAUCUUUGUCUCUUGUGUGUCUUUUUAUGUGUGCCCCUCUCUCCCUCCCUUAAAAGUUGUCGCCGUUAACUGUUGAAUAAUUAUUAAUUCUUUUUUUUAACUUAAAGAGAAAGAUGAGGUUUCAGGAAUUAAACCGACUUAAUUAAAAGCCGCUAUUUAACGUA